AUGAUCACAACAGCACACAUGUCAUUGUUUUCAGUCACUCAGAUACUCGUCGCAGCAGUGCUGUCUCUGCUGGCGUUCGUUGUUUACAAACAUAGGCACAAGCGGUACAUGCUUCCACCGGGGCCGAUGGGGUUCCCCGUCGUCGGUUGCAUCCCGUUGCUGGACAAGGCAGCUCCGUACAAGAGUAUGACCGACCUGGGAAACAAGUACGGCGGCGUGUUCAUGCUGCGGAUGGGGACCCGCGAUGUAGUGGUCUUACACGGCUAUGACGCGAUUAAAGAGGCAUUUAUCACAAAGUGUGAUACUUUCAAGGGUAGACCGAGAAUGGUGCUUUCCGAUUUGAUUGCAGGCGGUAGAGGUAUUGUAUUUUCUACUCAUAAUGAAAAUUACAGAGAACAGAGAAACUUUGCUGUAUCAGCCCUAAAAAGCUUUGGAUGGGGUUCAUCUGCAUUCGAAGUUAAAGUUAUGAGAGAAGUCAACGGACUAAUUGAGGCAGUGCAGAAGUUUGAAGGCAAACCAUUCGAUCCAUUUCACUAUGUAAGGAACUCAGUCUGCAAUAUCAUCUUUUCAAUCAUCUUUGGUCGACGAUUUCGUCACGAUGACCAAGACUUCCGUAACCUCUUAACAAUCCAUUAUCGCAAUAUGAGACUGUGUGGGGCAGCCUCUGCUGUCAACUUCAUACCAAUUCUACAGUACUUGCCAUUCGGCAAUUUCAAGCGAGUCCUGAAGAACCACAUCUAUCUCCGGACCUGUCAGAUAGAGAUGAUAGAGAAGCACAGACAAACGCACAAUCCAACUGAUAUACGUGACUUUCUCGACCUAUACAUACAAGAGAUUGAAAUGCGGGAAAAAAAGGGCCAAGCAUCUUCUUUUGAUUAUGACAACAUUCGACGAGUUGCCAACGAUCUCUUUACAGUGGGCACUGAAACAACAGCAACCACGAUACUCUGGUCUUUGCUGUACAUGAUAACAUACCCGAAUAUACAGAAACGAAUUCAGAAAGAACUGUUUGAUGUCCUCGGUGACAGACUCCCAACAAUUGAUGACAAGCCAAAGCUGCCCUUCGUUGAGGCAACAAUCAUGGAAGUCCAGAGGAGUGCUAGUGUGUUGCCGUUGACCAUGCCACACUGCGCAAUGGAAGACACUGAACUGUACGGCUACCACAUACCAAAAGACACUAUGGUCAUGGCUAACCUUUGGUCUGUCCUGCAUGAUCCUAAGCACUGGGAAAACCCAGAAGAAUUCAGACCAGAGAGAUUUUUGAACGAAAACGGUGAAGUUGAAAAACCGGAGAUGUUUAUUCCCUUUAGUACCGGUGCUCGAAUGUGCUUAGGUGACCAGACAGCGAAGAUGGAACUGUUUCUGUUCUUCGCAUGCCUAAUGCAGACGUUCAGCUUCACUCGACCAGAGGGGACAUCGCCACCAACUCUGGUAGGGAAGACGGGCAUCACCUUGAGUCCACAGCCAUUUGAAGUAUGUGCCCAUCCCAGAGUACGAUAGACAGAUUGGACAACUCCCGUAAGGGUUAUAUUGGUUUUGAAAAAGACACGACAAAAUCAUUUAAACUUGAUUGCAACGUUAUAUAUAUAUAUUAUCCUAUUAUGAAACGAACAAAAUAUGUUUUAAAUAUAUAUAUGUUUUUUACUUGACAGCGUAAAUAGUUUUCAAACAAAUUUGAUGUCAGGUAUACCAUAUCAUGGAAGCAGUGAACGAAUAAUUCACAAUGUGGUGUACAUUGAUUGUAGUUUGCCAUAACAUCAGGUAAUAUGUAUUCAAAAUAUCUGUUUCUGUUUCUAACCAAGAAAGGUAUCUUAUCUACUAAAUUUCUCCGUCAAGUGGCAGAUAUGGUUUACCAAAUUGAUAUGCAUUACAAAGUCCCUGGUUAUGCUACUGAUAAUAAAUAUAUGAGUGUACACC